AAGUGUCAGUUCAGUCAGAUACCCAAGCUCUCCCGAAGAUCGGUGAAAUUUUAAAGUUUUUUCGUUUUUAUCGUGAUUUAAAGCAAAAAAAGUGUGCAGGACCAUUCAAAUCUUUAGAAAUUAGGAAAACGACAACGCUUGUACCGGAAUUUAUCAUGGCAAACACAUCCUUCAAAAGUUCUCCCAUCACCCCAAUGCUCGGAAUAAGUGAGAGUUUCUUCCACGGAUCUCCCUUCAACUCGUCCAAUGACUCGUUGUUAAGUGUCGAAUGGCGCAAAAAGACAAAUAAUCUGAACACGCGUACCUUUUCGCCGGGCAGUCGAUUCGUCAAGUCGCCAAAUAUUUCGCCCAUCAUCAAGAAAAUCGGCAAAAUGACUAUCGCUGAGGAGCCAGCGGCCGAUGAUUCGUCCUCGUCGAUAUCGUCGUGCGACAAAACUUUUACGAUUAACGCGAAUUUGUCCACUGACGCAAUAACUGCGAGUCCUCAGACUCCCACGAAUGGCUCCACGUUUGUCAUUACGCACAAUUAUCGAAAAAAUGCCGGAAUUGCGAAACAAAUGACUUCGGAACGAGAAAAAGCACACAAGCGUCGAACGAUGUUCUUGUUGCCACCUACUCCGACAACCAUUAGAGACAACAACAAGCUGAAUACAUCGGAUUUUGAGCAUAAAUUCACUGUGGACACGAUCCUCAAGGAGAUUGGAAUGACUAAAUUUAUUAAUUUGUUCGAAAGUGAAGAGAUAAAUAUCGCAGCAUUUUUGACACUAGAUGACAAUGACUUAAUCUCCAUUGGCAUCAUGGAUCCCGAUGAACGCCGCGAAAUCAUAAAAGCUGUCGAAACUUAUCAGUUUUUAAAAUAAUUCCGUAUUUUUUUUAACCAAACUUUAUUUAAUUUGUCCCCAAUUCUUAACUUUUAUUCAAAAAAAAAAAAAAAAGAGUAGCAGAGCUUCCUUAUGAAAAUUUUGAGUUUGUCCAUGUUUGAUUCCUCAUUGUUCCUUUUCUUUAUACAUCGAAUGAUUGACCAACUCAAAAUUUGUUAAAUAUUUUUAAAAACGAUUGCAUGAUCAAGAAAAAAAAUGUUUGAAAUUUAAAAAAAAAUAAUAAAAAAUUAAAAUAUUGUUAACGAAAAA